CACGGAGUGGACACGGACAUCUGCGCUCCUAAGAACAAAAUCUGACCCAUAUUGGAAUUACAGAGCAGUUUCAUGAAGAGGAAAAAAUCGCAUCCCGAAACAAAUUAAAUUCUUGCAUUCGAGGGAGAGCAUUCCACUUAUAAGCCACUGGAUGAAAUUUAUAUUCGCCCUCGGUUACUCAAGAUGAUGCUGCCAUGGAAACAAAUUGUUCUGCUAUCAAUCACUGGAUGCCUUACAGCCUGUACAGAGGAUGUCAUAUUCCAAGGGCCUCGAUGGAGGACAGAGCCUAAUGACCAAAUUCUACCAAUCAACUCUCCGGACCAGCGAGCUACCAUUGUGUGUGAGGCAGACGGCACCCCUCCACCACAGUACAGAUGGUCACUAAAUGGAACACUCAUUGAUCUGGGGAAUGACUACCGGCGUCACAUGUCUGGGGGCAACCUGAUCAUUAGCAAUCUGGACAAGGACCAAGAUGCAGGGAUGUACCAGUGCACAGCCUUCAACACGUGGGGAUCCAUCCUCAGCCCCAGAGCCAGCCUGCAGUUUGCAUACCUGGAAGCUUUCAGAACACAAACAGUGAGGAGUGCCGUCAAUGUACGAGAAGGUCAAGGAGUGGUUUUACUGUGUGGACCUCCUGCACAUUCUGGAGAUCUGACUUUUGCUUGGAUUUUUAAUCAGUACCCAAACUUUGUCCAACAAGACCAUCGUCGGUUCAUCUCUCAGGAGACAGGAAGUCUGUACAUUGCUAAAGUGGAGCCUUCAGACGUGGGCAACUACACCUGUGUGGUUAACAACACCGUGAUGAGGGAGAAGGUGCUCAGUUCUCCGACACCACUGGUCCUCAGAAAUGAUGGAGUCAUGGGGGAAUACGAACCCAAAAUAGAAGUUCAUUUCCCUGAUUCGGUUCCAGCUGCAAAGGAAUCUGUGGUGAAACUGGAAUGCUUCGCUCUGGGAAACCCUGUUCCAGAGAUAAGCUGGAGAAGAACCAGUGGAGUCCCAUUUCCCAGCAAAGUGAAGAUAAAGAACUCAAACGCCGUGCUGGAAAUCCAUAAUUUCCAGCAGGAGGACUCAGGGACGUAUGAAUGUAUGGCAGAGAAUCGACGAGGCAAAAAUGCAGCACGAGGUCGAGUCUCAUUCCACGCCAAACCUCACUGGCUGCAGACUUUAAUGGACACGGCUCUGUCCAUUGAGGGGAAUCUCUUCUGGGAGUGCAAGGCCAGCGGAAAGCCGAAGCCGUCCUACAGCUGGCUGAAGAAUGGAGAGCAAAUCGUGCCUGAGGGCCGGAUACAAAUCGAAAAUGGAGCCCUAUCUAUAGCCGCAUUAAACUUGCCAGAUUCUGGAAUGUAUCAGUGUGUGGCUGAAAACAAACAUGGUGUUAUUUAUUCCAGUGCCCAGCUAAUGGUGUUAGCUUCACCUCCCAGCUUCUCCAGUCCUUUAAAGGCCUUGCUAAAAGCUUGCUCAGGCAGUGAAGUCACUCUUGAAUGCAAGCCCCAGGCCUCGCCUCCAGCAAUUAGCCUGUGGAAGAAAAGCAGUGAGAUUCUGCAGAGAAGUGAAAGGAUUACGUUACUUCCCAAUGGGACCUUAAAGAUUGCCAAUGUAACCAGACAGGAUGCAGCCAUCUACACUUGCAUUGCUAAGAACCAGUUUGGAACAGCGAGCACAACUGGCAGGUUGCUUGUCACUGAACCCACCAAAAUCACCAUGAGGCCAACUAACAUUGAGAUUAUUGUUGGCGAGAGCAUUGUGUUACCCUGCCAGAUUAACUCUGAUCCAAAUCUGGACGUCUCUUUCUCGUGGGCAUUCAACGGCCAGCUUAUCGACUUCCAGCAUGAAGGCGAUCAUUUUGAGAGAGUGGGAGGGAGCAUAUCAGGUGAUCUGAUGAUUCGUAACAUCCAGCUGAGCCAUGGAGGAAAGUACGUCUGUAUUAUUGACACUGAUGUGGAGAGUCUGUCCACGUCUGCCAUCGUGGUUGUCAAAGGUCCGCCAGGUCCUCCAGACAAGGUAGCAGUGGAGGAGAUCACAGACAGCACAGCCCAGCUUUCCUGGACUCCUGGAAGGGACAACGGCAGCCCCAUCACAGGCUACAUAAUCCAGGCCCGAACGCCCUUUACGGUGGGAUGGCAGGCUGUCGACACAGUGCCUGAGGUGAUCAAUGGAAAUAUGCUGACAGCCACAGUGGUGGGUUUGAAUGCCUGGGUGGAAUAUGAGUUCAGGUUGGUGGCCCGCAACACUGUAGGCCUGGGAGAGCCCAGUCCAGCUUCAGCCAAGACCAGGACAGAGGAUACCAUUCCUGAUACAGCUCCCACUGAUGUUGGAGGUGGAGGCGGCACAAAGUCUGAAUUAGUGAUAACAUGGGAGCCCGUGCCCGAGGAACUGCAAAACGGGGAGGGCUUCGGCUACAUCAUCGCCUUCAGGCCAGUGGGCGCCGUCACGUGGACGCGCGCAGUCAUCUCCAUACCUGGCGUGGCGUGUUAUGCAUUCCGCAACGACACCAUCCCGCCCUUCUCGCCAUUUGAUGUGAAAGUGGGGGUGUACAACAACCGUGGGGAAGGGCCCUUCAGCUCCAUUGCGACUGUCUACUCAGCAGAGGACGUCCCCAGUGUGGCCCCUAAGAGGGUUGAGGCUGGAAGUGUGUCUGCAGAGCAAGUUGAAGUGAUCUGGGAAGCGCUCCCUGCCCUCCCUGAAAGAGUUCUUGGAUAUGAGGUCGUGUACUGGGAAGAUGACACAAAGCCAGACACUGUUGGCAAAGUGAGAAUAUCUGGAAACGCCACGGCAGUUAACAUCACGGGGCUGAAGGUGAACAUGGCGUACUACCUCUCUGUGGCUGCUUUCAACACCGCCGGGCCAGGCCCCCAGUCAGUGCCCAUCAACACCACCACAAAGAAACCACCACCGGAUCGAGCUCCAGGGAACAUACAGUGGACCGUGACUGGCUCCACACUCACACUGCACUGGGAUCCUGUAGUAGCCAUGGAGACUGAGUCAAAGGUCACUGGCUAUUUGGUGCUGCUGAAGAGUCAUCGUCACAAUGAAGUCAACAGCAGACUGACCAACAAAACCACUGUGGAGCUCAGUCUCUCCUCCAGUGACAACUAUCUCAUUCAGAUCAAGGCCCUGAGUGAGGGUGGUGAAGGUGCGGGUAGUGAACCCAUCCACAUCCACAAAUUGAGCAUGGGAGCUCGAGGCUCAGGAACAGGAUGUCUCAGCCCAUUGUACCGCUCUGCACUCAUCAUCUGUGCACUGCUCGGCUCCAUCUGGUGAUAUCUAAUCACUGCCCUCCCAUCCUCUCAGUCAGUCUGUCCUACAUUAACCCUCCGCUGGACUGGCGUGAGGCCCACAAUUCAACAGGAGGACUGAAA